AUGUCUACUAUUUCCCCACUGAUGAUCAUGAACACGCCCUCCUCCUGCCCCCCAAUCACCACCGAAGAAUUCAACACCUUUCACGCCAUCGACCGGGCCCUCUACACCCUACUCAUUUUCGCACUCGGUCGAGAUCCGGCUGAGUCCAUGCGGGUCAUGGGCCUCUUGCUAUGGCUCGAGCGAAACGGACCCGACUUCCGUCUGGUCAAGAGGAUGCUCUCCAUGAAAACUUCUUUGGUUAAUUCGGUCGCCGACGAAUCCGUGGUGUGCUUAAACUGCGUCGAGACUGACGGGUGGUUCCGGUUCGACCCACAUGGAAAUGACCUCCCGUUGCUUCGGAGCCUGUUGAGGAGAGAUUUGAGUCUCCGGUUUUUUCAUGAAAAUCGGGUUUCGGUGUUGUGUGGGGUUACAAAGAUCGUUAGUGAAGUGUGCGCGAGAGCGUUUGAGGAUAUAACAACACGUAUUUUAGGACAUCGUAACCCCAUUUUUGUGGGUUCUUCUAGCAGUUGUGGUGUGCCGCCGCUGGUGGUGGCGGGUGGUGGUGGGGCUGGUGGCGAUUUGAGCGUUCCAUAUUAUCCUGGCAUUGCGGUGGCGUCUAAUAUGGAUUCUGGUGGAUUAACAGGAAAUGUUGCACAAACUGUGCCUUUUAUGGCUACUACUACUCCUCAUCAUGGGGUUUCGAGGGAAGAGAAUAUUGGAGUUGUUAAUUACCAGAUGGUGCCUAGAGGAGGAGGAGGAGGAGGAGGAGAAGGAGGAGUACUGGCGGUUCAGGGUUAUGAUCAUAGUAAUUAUAAUAAUAAUAAUAAUAAUAAUAAUGACAAUGACGUGAAUGAUCAGCAGAGGCGGUUUUUGAACGAGGAAAUGGGAGAGUUGUUCGGGAGUCUUAGCCUGCAGGGUGAGGGUACUGGCGGUGGAGAAGAAAGACAAUUAGUUCCACCGGAUGAUAGGACUAUCUUCUUGACCUUCUCCAAAGGGUACCCUAUAUCUGUAAAUGAAGUCAGAGACUUCUUCACCAGGAAAUAUGGAGAGAUUUUCGAAGCAAUACACAUGCAAGAAGUAGGAGCAGAAGAGCAAAUGCUGUACGCUAGACUUGUGGCUCGAUCGGCUUCUAGCGUUGGAGUGGUACUUGGUGGUCAGAGAAAAGCAAGGUUCUCUAUCAAUGGAAAACAUGUUUGGGCUCGCAAGUACAUUAAGAAGCAUCCUAAAUCUCCCCUCAUCACAACCACCGCAACUACUAGUAGUACUGCUACUAAUUCACCAACACAUGAGCCUUCUUCAUCUCUGGCCGCUGCCGCCGCCACCCCACAACCCUAGUUUAUUUUUAUGAGAGAUCCAAGAGUCCUUUUAAAUGAAAAAAAAAAAAAAGUAUUUGAGUUUCAAAUAUUAUUGUUUUUUUUGUGUGGCUAAUAAGAGGGUGUAAACAGUUA